AGAACUCAAACUAUCUGCACCGCCAACAGAAUGAAGGAAUUAUGCUUCAGGCCUUCCCUCGCAAAUUCCAAAGCAAUCCUCGACCACUUUACCUCAAACCCAACUAACGCGCCCAAUGCUUACAAAUGUCGCCAUGUGACAGCCACAGUACGCGAGAAGCUGCAGGGGGGGACCUUUGCCUCGGUGGAGCGGGAGUGCCCAGGAUUCCUGUUCUCCGUUAUCUCGGCGCACGCGUGCGCGGCGAGGCUGCUAGCCGUAGACGUAGAGGAUUCUUGCAGCCAACAGUGGUUUCGGUGCACUUCCCUCCUAUGUUGGGGCGCGCUACAGCGACAUGACCCGGCGAUGCCGACGCUAGCUCUCGCGAUCCUCCGCGGCGACACCCUCAACGUCUACGCCCAGAUCCUGGCGGCCGUUCGUACCGCCGUAGCAGCGGAAUGCUCGUUCGCAGAUUAUGCCGCGAGCAGCAUCGCUGACGUGAGCGAUGUGGCCAGCAGCAGCAGUAGCAGCAGCAGCAGCCGAGACAAUGGCCGCGACGGCGAACAGCAGAUGCCCUAUCAUGCGGCUGUGCUGGAUGACGCGGUCCAGCUGCAGCUGCAGACAGUCGUGCCUGUUUUGUUGGCUACUACCACACUCAUGCAAGCCCUGUCGGACGACAGCCCCAACGGGCCGUUGCACACCGAGCUGCUCGCCGAGCUGGCCCGCAGCGGUGUAUUGGAGCAUGCAGCCUCGGCGCUGCUGUGGCUGGAGCUGGCGAUAGGAAUUGCAAGAGUGGGGCCAGCUGAGGAGGAGGAGGAGGAGGAGGAGGAGGAGGAGGAGGAGGAGGAGGAGGAGGAGGAGGAGGAGGAGGAGGAGGAAUGGGACGAAGAAGAGGAGGCGGGGCAGGCAGAAGCGCGAGCGCAGUGUGAACGGCAGUUGGCAGCGGCCUCACGGAAGGAGCUGCGGACGCUGGAGCAAUCACUGCGAGUCCACAUCACCAGACUGCUGCACUUGCACAGCUGGCCGCCGCCGCAGCCGCCACAGCGGCAGCAGCCACAGCAGCCGGGUCCCGCACUGACCGCGUCCGCGACAGCAACACCGACAACCCAGCGUGCUACUGCCCCUGCUGCUUCUGCUGCGCCAGCUACUGCCUCCGCAUCCAGCGUGCCUGCUGCCGCUACUGCGGCUGCUACUGCUGCUGCUACUGCUAGGCAGGCCGGGGCACGGCGCCCAGAGCUGCUCCGCCGCAUUUUGUCGGGGCCUGCGCUGCAGUGGCUCUCACUUAGCGCCUUGCAGUUUAGUAUUGACCGCUUUUAUGACGAGGAAGAGGAGGAGGACGAGGACGAGGAUGAGGAGGUCAACGAGGCACGGGCGCGGAAGCAGAACCAGCAGGUCCAGGGGCAGGGCCAGCAGCAGGCGGCAGGGCGGGGUGGCGGUAGCGGCAGCAGCAGUCGCGGCGGCGAUGGCGGCGGCAGAGGCGGCAGCAGUGCUUCAACCGCAGGUGGCAGGGCUGCGCAGUAUAGCCAAGCGGAGGUCAGGGCUUUCACGUACAUGUUUGCGGCCAUUGAGUCGGCCGCACAUGUCUUCGCGUUCUGCCCCCCGGGCCACUCCGACCUGGUGACCCGCGCGGCGGCUGCCACCGCCACUGCGCGCAUCCAAUCCCGCCGCCGCCGGGAACUUGCGUCGUUGGCUCAGCAGCAGCCGCAGCAGCAGCCUGCUGAGCCGCUACAGCCGCAGCCAGAGCCACAGCCAAAGCCGCCGCAGCCGCAGCUGCUACAGCCACAGCAGUCGCAGCCGCUUCAGCCGCUGCACCAGCAACAGCAGGCGGAACAGCAGCAGGCAGCCGAAUCGCUGUUCUGCUUGGCGCUGCUUCGGACUCUUUAUUCGGCAGAGAUUGCCGUUCCUGCGGUCGGCCUCAAUGGUCAGGAGCUGGCGGCGGCGCGGCGGCGGUGGUGGGUGGGCUUUCACCUUCUGCUGCGCGUGCUGGGGCAGCAGCUGCAGCUGCAGCAGCCGCAGCAGGCUGCGGCACGGCUGCGGGAGGUGUGGGCGCUUGUAGCGACCGCGUUGCCGGCGCUCCCUGGCGCCGUGACGCCGUCUUGCAAUGGGCACCAGCUGUCGGCAUUUCACGGCCUGGCGGCGGUUUUGGCGUCUCCAGUAGUGCCGGCGAUGGUAAAGAUGGCGGGCCCGCCGCCCGCACCGCAGCAGGCAGCCGCAGCCGCAGCAACAGCAACAGCGGCAACAACGACAACAGCGCCGGCACCAGCGCCAGCCGGAGCGGCGGCCGGCAUCGCGCUUGACACCGGCAGCGGCUGCAGCUACAGCCUGCGGUGCGCGCUGGACGCGGGGCUGCUGCGAGCGCUGGAGCAGCUGCUGCGGAGGGCGAUGGCGGGGGUGGCUUCGGCAGUGACAGCGCCGUCCUCGGCUGCCGCUAGCCACGGUCGUGGUGGUGGCGGUGCUGGCGUCGCUUGCCACGCCGACGCCUGCUCUGCAUGUUAUGCCUUUGGGACGCUGCUGUGCCAGUCGGGCGUGUGGCCUGCGGUGCUGGCGCACGGGGCUGUGGAGGAGGUGGUGCCGCUGGUGGCGACGCUGGCGCGGGCGGCGGCGACGGCCGUUGACGCAGUCGUCGCCGAGGAAGCAGCAGGAGUCGCACCUUCCAUGGCCACUACCGUACGCCGGUUUCUGGCGGGCCGGCUUUGCCUGUUUUUGACGGCGAUGCUAGAGCAGCAGCAGGCGGUGGUGGCGGUGAUAGGGCGCGCGGCGGCCUCCAGGGCAGCUGCAGCAGGGGUGGCGGCGGAGCUGGCAGGCGUAGCACAACCAGAGGCAGCGGCAGUGGCGGCGGCCGAGCCCGAGAAAGCAUUUGAGCUCGCCCUCAGUAACUGGCUCUGCUGCAACCCAUCCGCCCCUGGCGCUUGUGGAACCGCGCCCGCCGCGCGCACACACGCACCUGCUGCUGUCUGGCGGCCAGCUGGCUCCUCCACAUGCUCCAUACCGCCGGCUGCUGCGGGGCCGGCGUCAACGGCGACGGCGGCGGGGCCGACAUCAGCGGAGGCAGAGGCAGCGGUGCAGACGCCGCCGCAGGCGCCAUCGCCGCAGGCGCCGCAGACGCCGCAGCUGCUGGCGGACUGGGCGGCGCUGCAGUGGUUGCCUGUGUUGCUGAGCGACAACGCCAUCCAGCUCAUGGCAGCGGAGCUGACUCGCGAGGGCAACCCGGCGCCCAUGAGUGCGGCUGUGUGUGAGCCGCUGCUGGAUAGCCGCCUGAACCGCAGCCUGGUGUGGCUGGGCCGCCAUUGGGUAGAGGCCACGUGGCGGUACCGCACCUGCACACUGCGGUCUGGCGAGUGUGCAGGUGCGGUACCGGAGCAGCAGCAGGGGAAGACGCAGCAGGGGCAGGGGCAGCCAGGGCAGGGGCAGACGCAGCAGGGGCAGGAGCAGCAGCAGGGGCACGGCCAGGGCAAGCAGCAGCAAGCCAUACCAGACAUGGCCAUUGCGUUUAGGAGCGUGCAAGCCCGCCAGGCGGCCACUUAUUGGAGCGUCUUCAUGGGUGCUGCAGGUCUGCGCAUGCACGUGCAGGAGCAGCUCAAGCGCGCGUGCUCCCACUUCCGCACGGCGCUGGCACUCCUGGCCCUGAUUGGCACACAGCAGCAGCAGCCUGCGAAGACGGCAGCGGCGCCGCCGGCAGGCCGCCGCGAUGGCGCUGGUGCUGGCACUGGCGGUGGCUCUGGCGGUGGUGGUGGCGCCGGCAUGGAAGGUGCAGCAGACGCGCGUCGGGCCCGCGACGGCCGCGGCGGCCGCGGCCAGCGCGGUGGUGCAGCUGGCAGCGGGGACGCUCACCGCUUGGCCCUCGCGACUGCCACAGCGGUGAUGGAUUUAUCGGAGCUAGCGGUCGUGGACGUCUGGCUUGAUGAUGCUAAGUAUGUCGACGCGGAGCUUGUUCACUUCAACCCCCUCUGCGCCAUGGAAGACGGGGCUCUUCUGGUGCAGGCGCUGCAGCGGUUCGGCCUGCGCCAGCGGCCGCGGCUAGAGGCGUAUCUGCUGCUGCUGUGCCGGCAAGCGCAGGAGCACCCGCCACAGUCCGCCACAACCACUGCGGCUUCGACUGCUGCAAGAGCAGGGGCGGCGGCAGCAGCGACGGCAGGGGCAGCGUCAGGGGCGACAACAGGGGCGGCGUCAGGGGCGGGGACGAAGGUGCAGCAGCGGCGCGGCGGCCGGCAGCAGCAGGCGGCCGCCUCCGCAGCGGCUGCAGCGGCGGAGGCGCAAGCGCGGGUGGCGCGGCGAGAGGAGUGGUGGGCGGCCGCGUCGGCUCUGUGGGACGAGCUUCCUGAGCGAUACGGUCUGGCGGAUCCCAGCAGUGUUGCCAUGCACCAGUUCGUGACGAUGCCCGCAAACUUGGGACGAAGACUGCUGCGGAGUUCCAUGGACGUGCCGACAAGCGCUGCUGCAACCGCAGCUGCUGAAGGGCGCUCGCAAAUCCGGUCGUACAGUUUCAUGAACACAUCCGAGCUACUGCUGGACAGUGAGGGUCGCGCAGAGCUCUGCUGCAACCCCGCGUGCCGCAGCCUGGACGGCCCCAGCGCGCUCCUGCUGCCGGGCGCCGGCAAGGUGUGCGCGCGCUGCAAGGCGGUGCGGUACUGCUGCGGCGCCUGCCAGCUGGAGCACUGGCGGCAGGGCGGGCACGAGAGGGAGUGCCCUAGCAUGAGACACGCACGGGAAGCUGUUCAGGGAUUGUCGCCAGGCAGGGAAGCGGUCCAGCAGAAGGCGGAGGCAGCCACGGAAGCGGUCUAGAAGGCGGAGGCAGCCGGCGGGGCGGCGGUCCAGAAGGCAGAGGCGGCCGGGGCGGCGGAUAAGGUGGCGGCAGGGGCGGGUUGAGGCUGGUAGCCACUAGGUGGACGUCUGUGUUUGUGCGACUGUGCCUUUGGCAGGCAUUGCAUGGUCCUACCGUUCAGGGGCCGGCGCAACGUGAUGGCCGGGCAUGCACGUGCGCUUGCUUGAUCAUUCACGUGGCGACUGCUCGUGUGGGGCUGCAGUGCAGCAUGCUGGAUAGCGCUGGCCCCGCACUAACGCUGCGCGAGGGCUGGGGCCACCAUGCGUGGGGGCUCGCAGCAGCGGCACGCCAUUCGUAUGGCGGAGAUAGUGCGUGUGCUUACCGCGUGCCACACGGCCGCACGUACGGCACGCCCACCGCCCAUUAUCACGAGGGGCUCUUGUAAAUGCUUUAUGCGGUUGCUGCCAGUGUGCGUGUAUGUGACGCUGUGCGUGUGUUAGGAAAGCACAAGGGGAAAGGUAUGUGUCGGUGAUGCUGUGUGCGUGUGAUGCCCGUGUGCGUUAGUGCGUAGGCGAGUAAGUGGGGGUAGGACUUGGAAAGGAGGGGCCUGUAGGGAAGGCUGGACCACGGUACUGGGGACAGGGUCAGGGGUUGGCGUUGUCCCGAAGUGUGCAGCGUAUUCCCAGACCCAACAUUAAAGGCAACUUGCAACGGCAAGGCAAGAUUGCGUGGCUGGUUCAACGCCGGAGUUACUGCACCGAGACAUGGCUGACUUGCUGGCAGGAUGGCGGAUUGCUGACGCAAAGCUGACGCUGGCUGGUACUAGGCGUGCCCCAGUGCCACCUGCCAUGGCGGCACUGCUUUCAAUGGUUGGUUGCGGGCCACCGCACGUACUGGACGGACGAAUACGUGCGGUCCUGCACAUGGGAUGAACGCACGGAGUCCAUACCAGUGUUACACAACCGUGGCAGGCAGUUACAGACAUGGGCAUUUGGGUGGACUGUUUCUCAUUAUCAUUGGGCCAGGGCAAUACGGUAUGGAGAAGGGCACAAGCAUGGGCACGGAUUGCAAGGAGGGCACGGAGGGCAACGACAGCUGUUUGGUGAUGGCCAGCUGGGAAAGCUUGUAUGUAAAGAACAAUUGUU